CUCACGGAGAUUACAGUUAUGUGACGGCAUGCUUAGUUGCUUACGGUUCACCAACGUUUUACGCCGACAACCAGGAAGUAGCGACGCUUAACACGUUACCUCUUCUAAAUUCUUCGAUGUAUUGUCCAAUACUGGGCUUCUGACCGGCGGCGGGAUAUUGGUACUUUAUUUGCCGCUUGGCUAGGUCGUGAGUAGAUAUUAAGAUGAACGGGGGCAACUCGCGACCUGUCUCCCCUGGAGGAGGCGUUUCGCCCUCGUCCGUGCGACUGUCUGAGAAUGCCUCUGAAAUUAGCGGACUCAGCGCCGUCAACGGUGCAGACGAACGGCGGGUGACUGGCCACCAGGCGCCGCCCGCUGGCAUGCAGGCAUCAGCGAGGGACAUGUAUUCUAUUCAUGGCGAACAGGCUGCGAGGCGUCGUGCAAUUGCGGAGCUCAUCUUCUUUGCCGGUGUGAACGACCUAAGACGAUGUAGGCAGAUUGCCGUCACCUGGAACAUCAAGGUCAAGGAGCCCGCGGUCAUGGACUACGAUCGCCGUACACCACUCCACGUCUCCGCUGCAGAGGGCGCCUACAGUGUGGUGGAGUGGCUGGUGCACGAGGGCGCGGAUGUGAACUCGCUGGACAGGCACGGGCGCACGCCGCUGGAGGAGGCGGCGCGCAACGACCACGGGGAGGUGGUGCGGCUGCUCAUUCAGAACGGGGGGAACGUGUUUGAGGAUGGCAAGCUUGUUCCGCUGGACCAGUCCAAGCUGCGCGGUAUCGUCAACACGCGUCGCAUGAUGAUGUCGGAGCUGGGCUGGGAGCCCGAGUGGGAGGUCAACCCGCGGGAGCUGCAGCUGGUGGAGCGCAUUGGCAGCGGCGAGUUCGGGGACGUGUACAAGGCCAAGUGGCACGGCAGCUACGUCGCCGCAAAGCUGCUCAAACGCUCGGACGAAAUCGCCAUCGGCGACUUCCGUACCGAGAUUGCCAUCCUACGCAAGAUCCACCACCCCAACUGCACCCAAUUCCUGGGCGCAUGCACCAAGCAAAAGCCCUACAUCGUCAUCACGGAGCUCAUGGCGUGUUCCCUGGCGGACGCCUUCCAGCGGACCUUCUACACGCCCUCUGUACGACGGCAGGUGGAGAUUGCGCUGGACUUUGCGCGCGGCAUGGCGUACCUGCACAGCCGGCGGCAGCCCAUCGUGCAUCGCGACCUGAAGCCCGCCAACCUGAUGAUUGCGGGUAACCUGCAUGCGGACACGGAGCAGCUCUACUUGGACAGCGGGGUCAUCAAGGUUGCGGACUUUGGUUUGUCCAAGUCGCUGGUUCCCGUGGAGCGGCACGGCGGGCUGGUGGGGGCGCAGGACAUCAACGUGACGUACAAGCUGACCGGGGAGACGGGCUCCUACCGCUACAUGGCGCCCGAGUGCUUCCGGCAUGAACCGUACAACCUUAAAGUUGACGUGUACAGCUUCGCCAUGAUCAUCUUCCAGCUGUUCGAGGCGACGCAGCCCUUCGCCGGACACGACCCGGUGGAGGCGGCGCGCAACGCGGCAAUGCUCAGUGCGCGACCCGGCUUCCCGCCGCGCAACAAGCUCUCCAAGACGGAGCUGGAGAUGCGGCGGCUAAUCGAGGACUGCUGGGCUGCCGACGCGGAGAAGCGGCCCACCUUUGAGGAGAUCAUCCAGCGGCUAGAGGCGCAGCUCGCCACGUUGCCCAAGCACCAGCACUUUGAGAAGGACGCGGCGUGCACGGGUUGCAACUUGCAGUGAGGGGAAGUACAUGGGGUUGCCGUCGGUUUGGGAGACGACAGGCGGCUCGUGUUCAUGUGUUUGAGGCUUCGGGCGGCGUGCUGAGGUAGGAUUGGGUGGUCAUGUACGGUAUUGAGACAGGAUAUCCGUAUGGGGCGGUAUCGCGGCUGCCUAGAGCUAUGAAGCAGCGUCAAUUGUUGUGAUAUGCUGCAGGCAACGCAGCUGCUACGAAGGGUAGCGGCCGGGUGCAAGAACACGGCUUGGCUAGGGUUGUGGACAGCCGCAGGCAUGCGGGCUAUAUGCAGGUCCUGGGUAUAGCAUGUUGGCGGCGGGCUGGCGGUGGUUGGGCGGGUGGCCGGGGUGGGUGCAUGAGGAAGAGGCCGUGCGGAUACCAGGCACAACCUUGGGCACAUCUUUUGCAAGGCGCUUCGGAAAUAAGGAGCAGCAACUGGAUGACAGGCAACAAGGGUGAUACGUCUUGCUGCCUGGCCGCUGAAAGGAGGUCUGUGGAGGGGACUGUGCGUGAGGCUGAUGCAGCUUCACUUGCCAUAUAGAGGACUGCAGCUCAAUGAAUGAGCAUGAUUGCUGUGCUGAUUGUGCAGAGCAGAACUAACGAGAGUCUUUUGCUACCGUUUCAAGCAAGGAGCAGGCAGUGUGUGUUCAGUGGUGGUGGGUGGGUGACACAAACGACUUGGCUACGCUUCCAAGGGGCUACUGGCUACUGACGCUUAUACUUGUGCAAAGGCCCUGAAAUGCGACGUAAUUGGUUGUAUUUCUAUACUAGGGUUUGCGACCUUCACGAGCUGUGUAGCGCUGCUUACGAGUAUAAACUACUUGGACAUUUAGUCUCAUGCUGACGCGUAAUGUGAAGCGGAACAUGACCACCGGGGGGCCCGCUUUGCAGUCGGUGUUUCUUUACGUUCCGUAUUGUGGUUGCCCUUCAAGCUGUCAAACCCGGGGAACGGGUUUUGACGAGGCAGAGUGUUUCAUUUGGAAGGGCUAUAUAUUCAUCCUUCUUGUUCUUUGGUGUUUCAUCGAAGGGGCAUGCCGUACCGUGCUGUCAUGUGCUAUUGCUGAUAGCACCAUAAAAGUGUAAAUGGACACUUACGCGUCUCGAGGUUACAUGUUGGUUUCCCUAGUAUUGAUGGUUGAAACAUACAUUGCAUAUU